AUAUAAAUUUUCAGGCAGAGCCCCCAACGAUAGUGGUGGCAACAAUAAGAAGUUUGUCCCAAAUGCUUGAGAAGCAAAUAUUUAAGCUAGGCUCUGUUCGUGUGCUGGUUAUUGAUGAGGUCGAUUUUAUAUUCAACUCUUCAAAACAAGUCAGUUCUCUUCGGAAACUCUUGACCAUAUAUUCAUCCUGCAAUGACCGCCAGACUGUUUUUGCCAGCGCAUCCAUCCCCCAACAUCGAAGAUUUUUACAUGACUGCAUACAGCAGAAAUGGACAAAGAUAGAUGUGGUUCACGUCCAUGUCAAUCCAAUCAAGCCUAUGCCAUCAUGCCUCCUUCAUAGAUAUGUAAUCUGUAGUAGAAAGGAGAAGCAUCGAAUAUUGUUAUCUUUGUUACAAUCUGAUGCACCUCAGUAUGGCAUUAUUUUUGUUGGUGAGCAGUCUGAGAGGUCAAAGAAAGCUGGAAAAGCUCCCUCAACAAUACUGUUGAUUGAUUUCUUGAAGACUUCAUAUGAAGGGGCUUUGGAGAUCCUACUAAUGGAAGAGGACAUGAAUUUCAAUUCACGAGCAGCUUCACUAUCAGAAAUGAGACAAGGAGGAGGUUAUCUUCUUGUAUCUACUGACAUAGCAGCUAGAGGAAUUGACUUGCCAGAAACAACUCAUAUAUACAACUUUGGUCUUCCCAAAACUGCUAUAGAUUAUUUACAUCGUGCUGGAAGAACAGGUAGGAAGCCAUUUUCAGAUGAGAAAUGCAUCGUAACCAAUAUUAUAUUGGCAGAGGAGCGAUUUGUUUUGCAAAGGUAUGAAAAUGAGUUAACGUUUAACUGUGAAGAGCUUACUUUAGUGGCUCAAUGUUAAAUUUUGAUCUAUAUAAAAUUUCCUCUGCCUUCAAGUUCAUCAAAUAUCCUUUCCAUUUCGAGAGAUAUGAUGGAAUUGCAAAAACAAUCAUCUUGCUCUGGGAAAAAGUUGUCCAACAAAUUAAUACAUUACUGCCAAAAGAAACAUGAAGAAAAAACAAUCAUGAUACACUUUUCUAGCUGCCAGUCAUGCCAACAUCAACACAUUUAUAUUGAUUUUUGCAAGAGAUGAAAGGGUGAAAAUUUCAAGUUGGUGGUAGAAUCCUGGUUGCCUGCCUUUUCAGGUUUCACUCAUUGACUCAUAUAGUAAGUUUAGAAUUUAGAAUGAAAACUCUAUUCCUGUUGAUCACAAUUCAAUCUCUGAAUUACAUACCUAAUUUUUAGAUCAUUAAAUUGUUAGGUUUUCUUCAAGCUUUAAAUGCAUGCUGACUUAUAGUUCUUCAAGUGCCACUGUAUUUUGCCUUUCACAGUGUAUGGAAACCAUUUAGGUUGAUAACCAUAUUCAAGUUUUGAAAGAGGUAUAAUUUUGAAUGUUACACAAAGCAGAGCUGGACCUGCAUCAUGUGGAAGCCAUGGUGCACUGCCUUCAUGCAUGGAUUUUUAUAACAGUUGAUAGAACACCUUAAGGCUGGUCACAUAUAUUACUGUUACUAGUUCACAUAAUACUUUAAUGAUACUACUUGUUCUUGAUUCCAUCUUAGUCACUAAAAAAAAUGGCGUUUGGAAAAUUUUAUUAUAUAACAAAACCAUCUUGAAUUACUGAGUUCUUCAAUAUGAUUGUAACACCUGAUCGGAUGUAGAACCCUUCUAAGGAUCUGUCAGCCUCUUGUAUGCCCUGCAAAAUUUUCCAUAAAUGGAAACAACUGUA